AUGGGGAAGCAAGGCGUGAGGAGUGACGAAGAGCAACAUUUUACCCCGAAUAACAACGGUAUUUGCUAUCCAGCGCCCUCCAACUGCGGUGUUUUGCACAUUCCCGCCAACUACGCGUCGUACAUUGCAGACGGGAACGAGCUCUGUGUAAGCCGGGCUCCUGUUGUGUUGCUUAGCUUUGGGACGAACAAGCCUUUAUAA